GACAACACAGAGCCAAAGACUCAGGACAGGAGCGAUAAGCUGAGUAAUUACCGGCUUUCGAGAAGAUUCCCCUUAAAGAAACAGAAAAACUGGAUUUAGAGGGAAAAGACACCGUCUGUGGUUAUUUUACGAGAGGGGUCGUUGGUGUUAAAAGCCGUGCUCGUCCUCAGAAACGACAUUAAUCUGCUGCUGAAGGAGUCGGUCAGGUGCGGUGAAGUUUUUAUAUGGUCGUGUCAGAGUUUGUAACUUUCUCAGGUUCAUUGUUACUGCACUUUCUUAGGUUUGAGGCAAUGUUAAUAAGGAGUCAAACAUGUUAAUGGUUCAUUCUUUCCCAUACCAUGUCUGCGGUAGAUAUCCUCUUAGCUGAUAACGGGCAUUGCUGCAGAUUUUAGUGAAGUGCACUUUCAAGGUUACAAAUCAGGCGGUGACUUUGAGGUUAAUGAAAUAAGACGAGCCCUCUGGCGGGUGACACAUAAACAGAUCAGUGUAAAGAAAGGUUGCUCAGGUCGUAAAAGAAGACUUGUGAGUGAGUCAGAUAGCCUGAUGGAGGGUCCGUUAAUAAUAAAUCAGAAAUGGAGCUCUGUUUUAGGAAGCACGUGCACUGUUUGAGAGACUUGACCGCCUUUUUGUAGGAAGCAGUUCACAGCAGCUUUUAUCUUAGCUUUUACCGCUCGAGAUAUCAACACUAUAGAAGAAACUCCUCACAAACAUCGUUCAACUCCGAGCCCACUGAGCUCCCUCGCGCCGGGACCAUGGCCUCCUCCUCCUCCUCCUCUUCCUCCUCGCGGAGCAGCUGCUUCUUGUUGCUGUGGAGACGGACCGUCCUCGCGCUGUGCAUGUGUGCGCUUGGGGCGCAUGCAGCGGGAGAUGACAGGAGUUUCAACGCAGAGUCAUGGCUGAGGAUGUAUGGUUACCUGCCACAGGCCAGCAGACAGAUGUCGACCAUGAGAUCGGCUCAGAUUCUGUCAAACGCCAUCAGCGACAUGCAACGUUUCUAUGGCCUGGAGGUCACGGGACAGAUGGACGCUCAGACCAUCAGUGCAAUGAAGAGACCUCGGUGCGGAGUGCCUGACAAGUUUGGAGGGCAGAUCAAAACCAAUGUGAGGCGGAAACGCUACGCACUCACCGGACACAAGUGGAACAAAAGCCACCUAACUUACAGCAUCCAGAACUACACUCCAAAGAUCGGAGAGUAUAACUCAUAUGAGGCCAUCCGUCGGGCCUUUAAAGUCUGGGAGAGUGUGACCCCAUUGACCUUUGAUGAAAUCCCAUACCAGGAGAUCAAAUAUGGACGCCGCAAGGAGCCCGAUAUCAUGAUCUUCUUUGCCUCUGGUUUCCAUGGAGACAGCUCGCCUUUUGAUGGGGAGGGGGGCUUUCUAGCUCACGCUUACUUUCCUGGACCUGGAAUGGGAGGUGACACACAUUUUGACUCAGAUGAACCGUGGACCAUCGGAAACCAGAACGUACAAGGUAACGACCUCUUCCUGGUGGCUGUCCACGAGCUGGGUCACGCCCUUGGGCUAGAGCACUCCAAUAACCCUCUGGCCAUCAUGGCUCCAUUCUACCAGUGGAUGGAGACGGACAACUUCCAGCUGCCGGAGGACGAUCGAAGAGGAAUUCAACAGAUCUAUGGACAACCAGAUGGCAGCCCAACUCAGGCUCUCCCCACCGUAAUACCCCGUCGCCCAGAGCCCAGACCGCCUCAGCCACCUCCUCGCCAUCCGGACCGGCCCAGGACCACAGAGAGACCAGAUCAUUAUGGACCCAAUAUCUGUGAGGGAAACUUUGACACGGUGGCUAUGCUCCGAGGAGAGAUGUUUGUCUUCAAGGGUCGCUGGUUCUGGCGUGUGCGUAAGAACAGGGUCCUGGAUAACUACCCCAUGCCCAUCAGUCACUUCUGGAGGGGUCUGCCUGGAGACAUCGACGCUGCGUAUGAGAGACACGACGGCCGGUUUGUCUUCUUUAAAGGAAACAGAUUCUGGCUUUUCAGGGAGGCUAACCUGGAGCAGGGUUAUCCGUUGGAGCUGGUUGAUUUUGGUCAAGAUAUUCCCUACGACCGAAUAGAUACGGCCAUCUGGUGGGAGCCGUCAGGCUACACCUACCUCUUUCAAGGAGACUGGUACUGGCGUUUCAACGAGCAGUCUCGUCUAGCUGACAGAGGUUACCCGAAACCAAUCAGCAUCUGGGGAACGUCAGUGCCCUCAACUCCCAAGGGGGCCUUCAUCAGCGAUGAUGGGGCAUACACCUUCUUCUACAAGGGAUCCAAGUACUGGAAGUUUGACAACCACCGCAUGAAGAGUGAGCCAGGCUACCCUAAAUCCAUCCUGAAAGACUUUAUGGGCUGCAGCGUGGACCUGGACCCAGACAGAGACACGGACACAGACUCAGGACGCAAAUACCCAGACGUGAACCGGCCGCCAUUCAACCCGGACGCUGGACGUGACGGUGACAAGGGCAGAGACCGGGAUGGGACGGAUCGUGGAGGAACAGACAAAGACGCAGGCAAAGGAUCGGAUAACGACAAAGAUGAAGACUACAGGGAGGGUCGAGAGGAAGACACCAACGAGGUGGACGUGGUUCUGAAGGUAGACGACAGCGAGGAACGGACCAUGAACAUCCUGAUGGUGACCAUCCCGCUGGUCCUGGUGCUGUGCAUCCUGGGACUCAUUUACGCCAUCAUCAACACGCUGCAGAGCAAAGGAGCGCCACGGCUACUGGUGCACUGCAAGCGCUCGCUGCAGGACUGGGUCUGACCCCUUCCCAUGAGGGUUCACUGAACUAUAAACUUUAAAUGAACUUCUGACACAAACGUCGUCUAAUCUGAACCUCCUCCUGUGAUCAUUCGUCUCACGUCUCUGUGGCUCCUGCAGCUCUUAGGUAGUAGAUCCAAUACUGUACGCAUUCACACAAACACAGACAGGCAUAAAUUAUGCCUUACAUAAACAUACCCACACGCACAUGCACACAAACACCACCCUAACCUCCUCCCAUCUCCCAUGGUGCUCUACAAUGCGUUGACUGUAGUCUAUUUAUAUGAGAGAAGUUUGCACAGUGUUUUUAUUUCUCGUUGUUUUUGUUUUGUUUUGUGUGACUUUUUAUUUGUUAUUAUUUUUUACUAAACCAGGAAGCCUGUUCUAUUCUCUCUUCUGUUUCUGCACCACCCUUCUCCGUUGUCUAAGUCUCUGCAGGGGCUUUUUCUUCGCUGGUAACUUCUCAUCUGCUUAACCGCCAUCAACACUGCAACAAAAACGAGAAAUGGAGGGGUUAAAAUGAGAGAGUGGUUGGCACAUAGAUGAUAACCGCAAAGUUUGGUUGAGAACUGUGUCUUACUUCCCUUAGUUUCACUUUCUUCCGCUUCAUUCAUCUCUUUUUCUGCAGUUCAUUUUGUCAUGAUGAUGAUUGGAGGUGAGUUAGAGACAGACAGGGUUUAAAUUUAACUGUGGUUUACAUUAACACAUGUAACAAAUCCUGAUUUAAGUCCAGAUAUUAUCUUCUUGACUCUGGUCAGGCUGCAGUUAGAACUCUGACAGGUUGAGUCCAGUUUGUUGGCUAUAAUGCUUUGGUCUUAAAGGAUAAUUCAACUUUACAACAGCUAAAAUCUUAUUUUCAAACCCAUAUUUACAUCAGUGAAGAGGCAUGUAACAAUUCCUUUGAUGAUCCCCAUCAUGAAACUGGGUUAGACUUUUAUUCGCAAUUAUUUAAAUGUGUCUCACUUUAAUAAAAAAAAGUGAGACUGAAGCCAAUUCAUCAGUCAAGCAACCUUUGAAUUUAACUUGUAAGGUCAGGAUGUUGUGAAAUCAUGUCAUAAAGUUGAGUCCAGAAAAGGCUUUCAAGUGGUAACUAUUUGGGAAUGCUGCCGGCUCAGACUACACAAAUUCAGCAUGAUUUUGGCCCGACUGCAACGACGCAGCUCAUCGUCAAAACUCUGGCCUGAUUUUGAGCGUCAGGCAGACAAAUGGUCUUGUAGUGUGACAUAGUUAACCAAAACACAAAAUCACACAUUUCUAAAGUAAACUGCUUCCCCUGAGGGCAGGAGGUAGCACCAGGUGGGAUAUGACUUUGUAGCAUUUCUGAAUGAGCCUUUCCAAAGUAAAAGCCAUCUAGCUAUACAUACAUUCAUUGGUACCAGUAAUUGUUGUAUUGUUUUGUAAAAAUUACCGAGGUCCAGACCUCAUGACCUCAUAGCUGGCUCUAUAAAAUCGAUGCCAAUGCUGAUAGCAAUGUUUAAAUUAACAAUUCAGGGAUGGCCAAUGCUAAUGUUUUUUUUUCAUAACUUCUUUUGCUGUAACAAUCCCAACAUUUUUUCUCAUGCCUGGGUAGAAAACAGAUCAGAAUUUGUCUAAGAAGUUAAAUCUUCAGCCAAUUACUAAAUGCCUUCUCUUCAUCAGGUGUACUUAAAUGUCAGCAUUACAUUUCUGACUCAACAGAUGAACAUCUGCUACUGACACUGAUUCAUGCUCACGGUAUUUGUAGACAGCUGAUGGUUAAACAAAACAGCUAAAAGUGGCUGAUUCUGAAGUUAAACCGAUGCAUCAGAGCAUCCUUGCUAAAAUAAUACCCUUAAAGACACCCUCCAAUCACUGACACUCAAAUUUCAGGAAAUAAAAAGAUAAAGGAUUAUGAGAGAAACCUUAUGAAUGGUAUGAGAAAGCCUCCUGAUUUUACUUUGACUCCUCAUUGUUUCUGUAGUGGGUCACCUACGACCUUUGGUGGUAGAAAAGGCAGUCGCUUACACUUUUGGCUGGCUCAGUUCUCUCAUUGUGCUCAGUUUCCCUGUACCUAUGGAUUAUUUAGUCAGUCUAACACAGGGGUCUGUUUGAAGAAUUUUAUGGCAUUUUGAAAAUCACUGUUAUUCAGCAUUUGGUGGACUCUUGUAGCUUAGCUCAUUACCUCCUAGCUCUUUAUGAAACUCAGACAUUUGUUCAGAGAUACUGUGUCUAGUUUUAGCUAUUUUUUAAGGUUAUUCUAUGCCUAUACCAGGCUUUCAGAAAUAAUAGGAUCUCAAAAUGUUUAAAAAAAACAGAACAUAUGGCUGAUUGUCCAACAUUACUGCCUCUUUUGCUCUCUUGGGAGUUCUAAAAACUAUUUUUCUGUUCCUCCCAAGAUAACAUUUUCCUUUUUGUAAUGCUAGUGCAACACAUGAAAUGAUGGCAACACAUAAAACGACCCAAGGCGUCAUAAAUAGUAAUCCUCCUUCCUUGAACCUCCCUGAGCCGCACUCACACAUAGUAGACAACAGGUCUGCGUCCUUUCUUUCCCUUAUUUGGAAACCAUUUAAAGACCUCUUACUCUGAAAGGGUAAACAGACUUUAAAGGAGAUAUCUUUUUAAACUCUCUCAUUUAUGAGUUGAACUCUCACGGAGCCUCCUCUCUGCCACAUGUAGACCUUCAGAGGAGUCAGACUUGUGGCUUCUCUGUCGGCUCGUUGAGAAAUAACAGAAGAGACGCAGCAUUCACUGCAUCAUUGUGACAUAAAACAAGAGAAAGCCCAGCCUUUAACUUAAAACAGGAUGUAACACCAUCGAUACAACACAGCAGUUGCCGCUUGUGGCUAAUGCAGCGUGGAGUUUUUAAUGGAGAUUUUACUGCUGGUGUUUUUGAAAGGACGUUUUCAUUGAUGACCCGUUUGUUGUAAACACGGUGAGGCUGCUAGUAUCCGGGUGGGCUCGGCCGUGCAGGCUCAUGUGAACUCACGCUAAUCCUCUUCAUUAAGAAACAGCAGGUGUGUGCAAAUGCUGUUAACCUCAGAGACCCCCAAACUAAACCUUGAACUCCUCUAACCAAAACAAUCUCUGCUCGCUUUUCAUCUGGUAAGAUCAGAGAUCAGACGAAGGGGAGUGCUGGAGUAAAAAUGUCAGUGUAAACUAAUCGUUAAAUCAGCUUCAAAGAGAGAUGAGACUAGUUAAAGAUUUUAAUUUGUUCGGAUAAAAUCACUGCCAGACAUUUGCAAAUAGAUCUAACAUUUUAAAUGCAAAAGUUGAGCUAUAAGGAAAACUGAUCAUUUUGAUGAAGCUGGAAAUUGCUACUCCGUCAAGUCUCAAGAUUUGUUUCUUUUUUCUGUUUAGAGAGGAAUAAAAACCAGUGGUUUACAUGGACAUGUCUAAAAAUAUGCAGGUACUUUUUGAAAUGAUCUAAGUAAAGUGGUUGCUAAACUGUAAAGUAGAAAUACAAGUGCAUGCUAAUGCUGCUGCCAUUUAUGAUCAUGCUUUUCUCUCUUAAAGAAAAGAAACAGCAGUCAUCUUUUUCUCUGCACCAAUUUGUGAGUACAUUUUAAGAAUUUCCUAACCAACAUGACAUUGUUUUAUAAUGAGCAGACCUAUUUUAAGAUAUGCAAAUUGUUUAGAAGCUUUAGAAAACAUUAUCAUCUAGAAAAAAAGAAUAUUUGGAGGCUGAAUGUGGGCCAAAAUAAGAGAGCGUGUACGGAUAGAGGGCUAUAGAGUGCAGUUCCAAAUAUGAAUGGGAGGAAAGCUUAUCUGAGGGAGCAUUAAGAAGUAAGCUGCCGCUCUGACCAGGGAGGGCUCAGCUCAGCCGGCUCAGGUUACACAGAUGUGGACGGGGAGGGUGAGGAGAAACUGAAUUUCCUGCAGCUGAAACUGGGAAUAGAGGGGGGGAGAGGAGGGGGAGGCUGACCUCUUCUCUCUGAGCUUGCAAAGUUUGGAUCUCAGGAACAAGGAGGGGUGGGAGAGAGAGGGAGAGAGACUUUGAUUUGCUCUAUCCCACUGGCAGCAGUGACCCAAAUUCUCCUGUUAGUUAAACAGCAGAGCUAGCCAAAGAGGAAACUUUAGCUUACAGUAGCUGACAGACUUUUUAUGUCUGAGGAAUGCUCGCUGUAAGGGCUUUGCUUCUAGUUGUGUUUGUAGCCCAUGGCAUGAUUUACAGCCUGCAUACUGAACCCAGUUAGGCCUGGGGGAUAAAAUGAUCCAGAGUCAUUACACUAAGCCUUUUUCACACUUGCACUACUGAAAUUAUCAGACAACCUGCCCCUGAAAUCCUCCCAGGUUCUUCAUUUACACGUCCCUUACAGCAGGAGAUUUUUCCCUGUCAGAUAAAGCAGGACGAGAUGUAAAACAGACACUACAGACGUCAUGGUCUAAUGUUUAUAACAAAUCAGGCAGAGCCACAUGGUUGGACAGUAUGAUUUGCUUGAGGAUUAAGGAUUGCACUCCAGAAACUUUAACCUAAGGAACUGCACUCAUCUAGUCACAUUCACUGAUGAGAUCUUAGGGUAUAUAACACAGGCAAUAAGGUCUGCAUUGAUUGUGGUAAGUAAAAUCUUAAAAUAAAGCAGGGAAACUUUUCUUCUUCAGUGUCUUAAGAGAUGUACAAGCUUGCAUUGCAUUUGCAGAUACAGUAAUACUUCCUAGAAGCAAUGCAAGUCUUAUUCGUGUGUUUUAUAUCUUGAAAUAAGACAUUUAUCUAGACUUUUCAGGUGAAUUUGGCUUAAAUUAAGUGAUAGGGUAGAAUUUGUUGACUGUAAAUUAGACAAAUACACUUGCUUAGAUUUGAGUUUAUUCAGUGUAUGGUCAAACAGAAGAAGGUUCAUUAGUUGCUUGUUAAAAAGGGGCGUAUUACCACCUGUUGUAGUAAAAUCAGACUUAGAUACAUCAAUAAAUCUGAGUGAUUUUAUACUGGGACAAUGACAUCAGUCCAGUCAAAUUGCUAUAACCAGACUGUAACUUAACCUUGACAUCACUUUGCAUGUAAAUUUACUUGCAGUCUCCUGUCAUAAUCAAGCAAAGCUCCAAGAAACAAGCUGUGCUCAUAUUAGCAUUAGCUUGGCCUCACUCAUUUUGCCCUGCCCUGCCUGAUCUUCACAGCAGCAGCAGUCUUUUCUGCUUGUCUAGGAGAAACAUCUAUUGAGUUAGGGCUCCUGCUAGGUGAAGACAGGUGGAGGUGAGACGAAUCAUAACACAUAGGGGGAGUUAAGAAGACACCUGUGCUGAAAGGAAGAAAAGAAAGAGCACAAUCAGCUGUCGAUAGAAGUUUUGAGAUUGAUCUGUGGCCAGUAGAUCUAGCCGUUGCCAGGAAACGGUGUCCUGUGUCCAUCACUCGCCUCCUCAUCGUCAGGGUCAAGGGGGGAGGGGGUUGGCGGACGAAGCUAAUCAGCGUUAAAAGCAACCCCACCCCCCCUUCCACAGCUCUCCUCUACUCUCCUGUCCUGUCCUGUCCUGUUCUUCCAUUGGUCCGCUGAUGACAGCACUGUGUCUGGACAGGCUCAGAAAACGCCGACUCAUUGCACUAGACAAAAUGUUGUGGUAGUUCUUCUCCAUCAACUCCUCCUUUUUUAUUUCUCCCCUGUAACCUCCACACAGAGUCCACAGGGAGUUAACCACUUCAAAGCUUGAGAAAAACCACUUCAAAGUUGAAAAAGUCGAGCGUACCUGAGUUUGCUUUGCUAGCAGUUUGAGAGAUUCUCUGUGAGGUGACACUGACUCAGACUGAAUCAGCACGGUUCACCGUCUCAGGACGUGGAGCAGAAACAGAGGAGGCCUGAAAGGUUUAGGGAAGAAAUCUGUCAGGGCUGAUUGAUGAAUGUUUUUGUGUUUGUGUGCGUGGAGGUGUUCAGUUAAUCAGCUCUCCUCUCCAUAAGCCAGGCCUGUUGUCUGACUGUAAAUCUCCCACACUCUCUCCAUCCCCUCCCCUCUGCAUACUCAGCCCGGCCCUCUGAGCCCGAGGGGAUCAUAAUAACAACAAUGGCCUUCUCUUUCUCCUCUCUCGCUUUCUCCUCCCCCUAUUUUCUCCGUCACAAAUACACACAAACACAUUAUUGUCUUUCAAAACCUCACCUUCCUUCCCCUCCUCUCGCUUAGGAAACCAGUCCAGAGCCAAGGUCCAAAGCUGGUUUUAGAUUCGACGUCUUAUUCAGCAACAUUAAAUGCCACAUUUGGAUAAAGGCAAGAUAGUUGUGCCCUAAUGAAUGGAUAAGUGGAGAAAUCGCUGAACCCAAUUAUGUCCUUCAUACUGGCUGACCAUAACUCAACCAGCAAAGCAGCACAAGCUGGCACAUCCAAGCUGAUCUUACUAGUCCCAUGACAGCAGUGUUUGGUAUCAUUUGGGUUUGAAUUCCAUCCAUCUAUCCCUUUUUUUUUACCGCUUUUCUCAUUGGGGGAUGCGGGGGGCUGGAGCCUAUCCCAGCUGUCAUUGGGGUACACCCUGGACUGGUUGCCAGUCAAUUGCAGGGAUGACAUGUAGAGACAGACAACCUACGGCCAAUUUUAGCAUCACCAAUUAACCUAAUGAGCAUGUUUUGGUAUUGGGAGGAAGCUGGAGUAUCCGCAGAGAACCCAUGCACGCACAGGGAAAACAAGCAAACUCCACACAGAAAGGCCCUGACACAAACUAGGGACCUUCUUGCUGUGAGGCAACAGUGCUAACCCCUGCGCUGCUGUGCAGCCCUGGGUUUGAGUUCAUAGUUUUAAAUUGUUUUUGCACAGGAUGCUCAACACUAAAAACAACUACAUUGGCUUUUGCGCAGCGGAACAGCAGCCGCGGAACAGCAGCAGUCUCCUAACAUAUCUAUUCUACCAUAAGGUCAUCACGGCCCAAACAGCAUCACCAACUUAACAGACCAGGCUCCAUACAUGUAAGCUGCAGGUUCUUCCAAUGCAAGCACCCUAGCCCAUGGCCCUGAUUGCCCCAUAAAUGGAACAAACAUAUCCCUGAUGCUAGCAUUACACAUGAAAAAGAAAAGCAAAGAGACCCCAGGAGAAAACAGAAGAAAAAACCCAGAAAAGUCUGAAGAGAGAGCUCAGAAAGAGGAUGGGGGUGAGGUAGAGUAAGUGCCCCGAUUGCCUCAGGCUGUUGCUCUACCUCCCACUACUUCCUCAUUUUAAUGUGGGAGAAGAGGACUGAGAGAACAAAGGAGAUGAAUGGUUUACUUACCUUUCUUUUGACCCCAUACUGGCCUUAUCCCCCCCAUACAAACCCACUGGCUUAUCUUCAUCUGACAUCUCCCUACAGCAGAAAGAGUCUCUUUAAAACACUGCACCUGUCAGAGCCAGUAGGAAGUUGUUUUCAGAUAUAAAUGCUCAGAGGUUUCUCUACGUAAAUGCCUUGUUUGUUGCCUCUGAUGUGAAGUUUAUUUAAGGUUAGGACAUCGCUGAGCUUGUCAGAGCUUUCUUCUCUCUCAGGAUUUGUUUCUGUAAACAUUGCAUGCUAAGCAUUCUUCACUCAGUCUCUUUUCGAUUCUUUUAACCUUUCUUUUUGUCUUUUAUCUUAAUGAAAAUCUCUGUUUGAGUCAUGCAGAAGUCAGGUUUUCUUCUGUCUAUCAGCGCUCUUCAUGUCUUUUCAGUUGCCUGCGGUCACUGUGCAUCCCUGCCCCUCCUAAUAACCACAAACUUAAAAAAAGUUGUUGCAUCAGCACCGUGCAAAGUCUGAAACUCCACUGGGGAAAAAAAAUCAGAUCAAUAAAACUUGACUGAAAAGAUCAAAGCAAAAAAAGGAAAAAAAAAAAAGACUGUUUUUGUUUCACUUUUUGUGGCUUAUGACGCCUCGAGCGCAGAGGACUGUGGGUCGUCUAGAUGCUUCUCUCUUUCCCAGGAGUGCAUCUCACCUUUCUCGCCGAGCCUUCUCCACCCUGAAACCACUCAUUUUCAAUCACCACUCGACUAACUCAGCUGCUCACAGAGAAGACCAGAGCUGACAGAUGACUUUUAGUACCUGUGUCGUCGUUUUUCCCCGGAGGAGAGCGGCGGAGCGGCUCUUGUCAGACGGGCAGUCAAACUGUGGAGCAGCCUGCUGUUUUCAUCACUAACAGCAGCUACAGUAGAGAUUAGAAACCGUUGGAUUUAGUCAAUCCUGUACUGACAAUAGUGGAAGUUGGCAUCUCACACUUUGAAACUUUGUUUCUAUAUGAAUGAUGGUUCAAUUUUUUUCUGAAAAAAGUCGAAAUCAAUGAAAACAGAUGAUUUAAAUGUUUGUUUUUGAUCAUUUGUCUUAUGUUGUUUUAAUUUUGUGAGGUUUUUUCUCUACAAACUUGAUUUUUUUGUUUAUAACAUUCCAAUUAGUUUUUAUGAUUGGUUGUUAGUGUUUUUUUUUCUGUAGAAAUGUAAAAUUUUAUACAUUUGUGUUGUGUGUUCACCUCUAGUUGAGUGUGUUAACAAGCCAUG